AUGGACCAAGUCCAGGAUCUCGUCCUCAACCCAUUAAAACCCUAUCUGAUUCCGAUCACGCACAACCUCCCCGGCCCUCUCAAUGACCUCGCCGUCACCCUCCUCGGCGAACGCUGCCACAGCGCCCUCCUCCUCGACCUCGACUUUGCCUCGCAUCCCGAAUGCGUGUCGCUGGCCAUCUCAAAGGCUCUGGGGAUCGUCAUCAUCACGGCGGCGUCCGUGGUGAAGGUGCCGCAGAUCAUCAAACUCGUCAGGUCCCAGUCCUCGGAGGGACUGUCGUUCACGAGCUACCUGCUGGAAACGGCCAGUUUUGUGAUUACCCUGGCUUAUAACAUGCGCAAUGGGUUCCCCUUCAGCACGUACGGCGAGACGGCGCUGAUCGCCAUUCAAGACGUGGUGAUUAGCGUGUUGAUCCUGGUGUAUUCCAAGAAGAGCGCGCAGGCGGGCGCCUUUCUCGCGGCCUUUGGCAGCGCCGUGUACGCGCUGGUGGUCUCAGACACGCUCGUCUCGGACGCGCAAAUGACCAGUCUGCAAGCCGGCGCCGGCGCCCUGAGCAUCGCCAGCAAGCUGCCCCAAAUCCUCACAAUCUACACCCAAGGUGGGACGGGACAGUUGUCCGCGUUCGCCGUCUUCAACUACCUGUUCGGCAGCCUCAGUCGGAUCUACACCACGAUCCAAGAGGUCGACGAUAAGUUGAUCCUGUACGGGUUCAUUGCCGGGUUUGCGUUGAAUGCCGUUCUGGCCGCGCAGGUGGUGUACUAUUGGAACAGCCCCACGACCGCGGGCCACGCCAAGGAGUUGGAUAAGAAAGGGAAAGGUGCCAGUGGGCUGCAGGGCGUGGGACAAAAAGGGAGUGCCGCACUUGCUACGGAGGAGGCGACCGGGCUGAGUCCCGGCAAGGCAAACGCGACAGGGAGGCCGAGCAGCAGCAGCGGGAGAAGAAGAGGAUGA